CAGGCGGGCUCAGGUGGGGAGGGCAAUGAAGUCCCGAAGCAGGCGCAACUCCAGCACAGAUUAAACCACGGAGCCGCAGCUCGCUGUUGUGUGGCAGGUGGGGAGCCACACCCUGUGGAAAGGAGACACACACCGGCACAUGCACACCCGCACACUCACACACCCCGCACACUCACCCGCAUACACACCCUGUGGAAAGGAGACACACACCGGCACACACAUCAGCACACUCACCCGUGCACGCACACACCCCCGCAUACACAUCAGCACACUCACCCACACACACACACUCACCUGCAAACACACACUCACCUGCACACACAUCAGCACACACACCCCCGUGCGCACUCACACACACACCCUGCACACACACACACAGCAAACUUCUCAGCCACCCCUCCAAGAGGUGCUGGAAGAUGGGCUGCUUCUCAUUCCUGAAGAUGAUGAUGUUUGUGUUCAACGGUGUUAUAUUUCUGGGCGGGCUGGCCGUGCUGGGCAUUGGCAUCUGGAUGAAAGUGGAUGGAGGCUCCUUCGUGCAGAUCCUGGGGGCCGCUGCGCCCCAGCUGAUGCAGCUGAUCAAUGUGGGGUACCUGUGCAUCGCUGUUGGCACCUUCCUGCUGCUCAUGGGCUUUCUGGGCUGCUGCGGGGCCAUGAAGGAGAGCAAGUGCAUGCUGCUGCUGUUCUUUGUCAUUAUCCUGAUUCUCUUCAUCGCUGAGGUCACGGGGGCUGUCGUAGUCCUCGCCUUCUCUUCCAUGGCUGAUAUAUUCAUUGAGCACUUGAAAACCUGGGCUGUGAAAACCUUACGAGAGGAUUACGGGAGGCAGGACGACAUGACUGCAAUUUGGGACACAACCAUGAAGGAGCUGAAGUGCUGUGGCUUCAACAACUACAAGGAUUUCAACAGCUCCUACUUCUACCAAAUGCACAGCCAGACUUAUCCCGCAGGCUGCUGCCUGCCGCCCAAGCAGGAGUGCCUGGAACCUGAACUGGACAGCACCAAGAAGGGUUGCUUGCAGGAGUUCCAGACCUUCCUGAGCAGGAACGGGAGGAUUGUUGGAGGGGUGGCAUUAGGAAUCGGUGUGCUCGAGCUGGCGGCUAUGGCCGUUUCCCUGGUUCUGUAUUGUCAGAUCGGUACGAACUCGUGAAAAACAAGAUUUCCACCGGAAACACAAAAUGCUUCUCCUGCCGUCCAUAACUCCUCCUGCCUUUGCAUCUUCCUGAAGUUUACUGGUUUACUGCGAGAGGAACCUAACUUUUCUUAUUAAUAACUAAUCACUAAUAAUUCCUGUUAAUCUGUAAUAGCACUAAGCAAUCAGAUGGAUACGAUGCCAAUGAGACUACGUGAAAAUUGAGAUGGUAUCUUUUCCAUGCCAUUUUUUGUGUAUGUUUCAAUGAUAAGUUUGAUCUGAUUUGUUUUUCUUGUGUGCUCAACAACAAAUUAGCUUAAAGGUGGCAAUCUAAACGUCUAAAAGCGGAGAAUGAAACCAACAUGCCCCUUAACACGUUAUUGUAGACCCUACCCAAAACAUGCACUGACUGAGGAUCAUUUACAUAGCUCUUACAAUACUUCCUUUCAUUUGUCACAUGCUUUGAGCUGUGACACAGUGAGCCAUGUUGACAUUUUAACGUACUCUCAUUGCAUCUGAGCUGCAAUGAAAAGGGCAGGUUACUCCUUUCAGAGUGACUGAUUCAGGCUCUCUGCAAACUCAGGCAGAUGUCACUGCAUCGGUUACUUCACAUGUUGAGGGUUCUCUUUGCAGCCGUAACAUCUAGAGACUGGCUCCUCCAUCCCUUCUUUUAAUGAAAGCAGAGACUUGGGAGAAUAAUUACAAAUUCCAGUCAUCCCUCUGUGCUCACUACAGCUUUAAACAUGCCCAACAAUCUGAGAAACACUUAAACGAUGCAUUUUUACUGAUGUAGCACAUCAUGAACUUGAAUUCUAAUGACAGGUUUCAGAGUAGCAGCCAUGUUAGUCUGUAUUCGCAAAAAGAAAAGGAGUACUUGUGGCACC